CCCACCGCUGAGAAGCUCUCGUUGGCUGCUGCUGCUGCUCACCACCUCGCCCUUCGACCUCACCUCGAUCCUCGACUUCAGUCUUCCCCCUUCCCAACCUUCUCGAUCAAACAAUCCCCUCAUCGCAUACACUGGAGCCCUAAACGGCCCUCAGAUACAUCUCAUCAGCCCCGUAAUCCAACACUCCCACCCAAACAAUGUCCAUGCACUUUGCUCCCCAGUGGGCCAAGCCCGUCAAGCCUACCGGCUCGUCUCUGGCGUCCAACACCGAGGCUCCUCUUCAGCAGCGGUCGACGGCGACAGCUGCAGCUCCGGCCUCUCCCUUCCCUGCCCUUGGCCAACCCCGCGCGGCUUCGCCUACCACAGCCGUCACGUCAAACCCGCCUCUCUCCUACUCGCGCGUCACCCACACCCCCGCGUCCCCUUCGUACGCUGGCGAGGGCUACUUCCCCUAUGCAGGAGACGCGCCUAACGGCGGGGGCGACGGCGGCCCGCCCUUCCGCUACAGUCGCGAGCAGAUCCUGGCCGUCUGGGAUGAGGACAAGUUCAAGGACCGUCCUAUCGAGCUCGUGAAGAUGGCCGAGAGUGGUGGCGUUCUCGUCAGCAAGGACAUUGUCAAGCCCCAGGGACUUCGCGAGCUGUCCGAGCUGGAGAAGAGACUCUUGACCACGUCUGUUCACCCGCCGAUUCCUACUCGCCGUCCACAGCAGCACAACAACAACAACAACACCAACAACGCGUCCGAUAAUUCUGCCCCUGGAGCGCGCCGUGGUUCAGCUGCCCCUGGCAGGGAGAAUGCUGGCCCGCAGCAGCCGAAUGGCCGUGCAGGCUUUGGAGGCUUCGGCCGCGGCGAAGGUGGUGCCUUCGGCGGUGCCAAGCUCUCUGGAUCCAUUGCCGAGGGCCGUCAGCCCGGUGGUCUCGGAGGCGGCUUUGGUGGCGUGGGGAAGCGUGCGCCCCGUCGUGACGGUGGUGCUGAAGACUCUGCACGUACUUCAGCCGCAUCCACAUGGCGGCCUGCCCGCACCGCGUCUGGCACCUUUGAAGGUGUUUUGGGUUUCGGUGGGACUGGAAACGCUGCGCCUCGCCCCGAGGCCACAGAUCCCGCCGCGGACCGCCUGACCAAUGGCAAACCAGAGGACGAUCGUUCCGGCUGGGCCGCCGGGCAGCGCAAGUGGCGCGCUGCUCCGCAGGACGACAAGCUCGAGGUUCACGCCGAGGAGAUUCGCUCCGAGUCUGUCAUCGCCACUGCCUCGGGCACGCCGCUGGUCGAGAGAGACGCCAUGCUUCGCGAGUCGACCCCUCGCCCCGCCUCCGCUGCAUCGUCGCUGCCGCCACAGGAGCGUGAGGACCUCGGCGCCAUCAACUGGUACUACCGCGAUCCGAACGGUCAGGAGCAGGGCCCCUUUACUGGCACCCAGAUGCACGAGUGGUACUCGCACUCGUACUUCAAGGAUGACCUGCCCGUUCGCCGCCAGCCUGAGACUGGGUACCACACCUUGGCCGAGCUCAAGACCGCGACCGGCAACGCUGUUCAGCCAUUCCUCUCAUCUGUCCGCCCUCCUCGCCUCCCGCCCAACCUCCCCAUUCCCAUCGCCACCCUCCAGGCCUCCGGUGCCGUUGGUGGCCUCCCCUCCCCCAGCGGCCUGAACGACUCGUUCCGCAACCUCAACGUUCACGGCGUACCCCCUCAGCCCCAGUUCCACCAGAGCCCUUCGUUCCCUGCCCCGUACGGCCAGCCCCAGUUCAACGGUGCGCAGGCUUUCCUUGGAGGCCAGCAGGGCUGGGGCCAGGCUCCUGGACCUCAGAGCCCUGCCCGGCUCAACGGCGCUUACGGCUCCAUCGGCGGUACUCAGUACGCGCCGUACGCCAGCCCGAUCGGUGCCCCAGUGCCUCGUGCCGACGUCUUUGGCGGUGGCCAGAUCGGUCAGGCCGGCGGCUGGGGUGCCCCGCCUAUCAACCCCGCUGCCGCUUGGCAGCAGUCCCAGGUGCCCGUCCACGCGCCCGCUCCGAUCCACCACCCUGCUCCGGUUGAGCAGCACCCAGUCCCCACUCACGAGCCGUACUUCUCGCCCCAGGAGCCUACGGCUCCCAUCCCCGAGCCUGAGCUGGAGACCUUCGCCGCCGAGGAGCAGUACGAGGAGGAGGAGACUGUCGAGGAGGUUGAGAUUGAGGAUGACUCGUACAUUGACGAGGAGGAGGUGUCUCACCUGGUGGAGGAGGAGAGCUUCACCGAGCCCGAGCUCGAGCCCGAGGUCGCCGAGUCGCCAAAGGCCGCCCCCGCCUCGGUUUGGGGUCAGAAGACCCCCAAGUCGGCCAGCCGCAAGUCAUCGAUCACCACGCCCGCUUCAGCUGCCCCUGCACCCCUUUCCAACCUUCCCCCUGCCCCUGCCUCGCUCUCCGCCAAUCCCGUUGCCGCCAAGGUUGAGGAGCCCAAGCCCGCCACCCCCGUUGCCGAGAAGGCCGCUGCCGCCGCCCCCAAGCCCGCGCCGUGGGCCGACAAGCCCUCUCACGCUACCGGUCCCUCGCUUCGCGAGAUUCAGGAGGCCGAGGCCCGCCAGGCUGACAAGCGCAAGCAGGCGCUCGCCGACGCUCGUGCCGCCUCGUCGUCGCCUGCUCCCAUUGUCCCCUCGGCCAACGACGACCACUUCCCGGCGUCGCUUUCGUGGGGCCUCCCCCAGCAGGGUUCGAAGACCGCCCCCGCUCCUGUUCAGCCGGCUGCCUCGCCCGCUCCCGCUUGGGGCGGUGCCAGUGACGGCCCGAAGAAGACGCUCAAGCAGAUUCAGGAGGAGGAGGAGAAGCGCAGUGCCAAGCUGGCUGCUCAGACCCGCGCCGCUCAGGCUGCCGUCAGCGGCCCAUCGGUCGCCAAGCGUGGCUAUGCCGACCUCGCCGCCAACUCGGCCGCGUCGGCUGCGGCUGCCCAGGCCGCUGCCGCCGCUGGCUGGACCACGGUUGGCACCAGCGGCAAGGCUUCCGUUGCCCCUCCCAAGCCCGCCGUCGCUGCCCCCAAGCCCGUCGCUGCUACUGUCGUCAAGCCCAUCAACCCUAUCGUUGCAUCCAAGGCGACCAAGCCCAACGGUGCCUCCAAGCUCGGCGACGAGCAGCCGACGAUCGAGUUUAUCCGCUGGACCAAGCAGGCUCUGACUGGUCUCCGCACGGAUGUCAACGUCGACGAGUUUAUCCAGAUGCUGCUCCAGUUCCCUGUCGACCCUCCUGCGUCGUCCCGUGCCGACGUGCUCGAGAUCAUUGCCGACUCGGUCUACGCCGCGUCGUCGACGCUGGAUGGCCGCCACUUUGCCCAGGAGUUCUUCACUCGCCGCAAGGCUGAUGCGGCCCGCAGCGCGGCAGCUGCGAGCGCCGCUCGCCCCGUGCAGAAGAUUGCCUCGCUGGCAGAUGUCGUCAAGACUCAGCCCAAGCCUGUCGCCGCGGACGCUGGCUUCAAGGUUGUCAAGACGAAGAAGGGAAGGAAGCUUUAGGGGUAGUGAUCGAGGUUUUGUGGUGCUCAUUGAUUAUAUACGAGGCGGAGACUCUCCAACUCCAACGCACUUGCCCAUCAUAUGCAUGACUUGAUGGCUG